AUGGCUGCUACUGCUACUGCUACUGCUACUGCUACUGCUACUGCUUCCUCGGACGCCAGUGAAGGACCAGUCAUGGCGCUCAUCAACAAGCGUCUCCGUGCCCUUCGCAAGAAAUACAACCGAAUUACUCAGAUGGAAGAGUCGAUUUCUCGAGGGAAGACCCUAAACAAGGAGCAAGAGGAAGUCCUCCGCUCGAAACCAACCGUCGUCGUCCUUAUCGAAGAGCUUGAGAAGCUCCGGGCUCCUCUCUCCGCCGCCGUCUCAGAAGAAAUCAGCCUCGCUACUCAGCACCGCCGCGAUUCCCCCGAUCAGACCACCGCCUGUGAGCAAAAGGAAGUCGAGAGCAACGUGACCGAGGAAGCGAGCAGCGACGGCGGCGCCAAGCUAGAUGAUUUGGUGAAUCUCUUGUACUUUGGCUCCCUCUUCGAUGUGAAGUCGCAGAACGAGUUCACCUCGAUAAUGUGGACCAGGUCACACGAGAGAGGAUGCUGCUUGACCUACGAUCGCUUUACCGACGACGCAACGGAUAUGCUCGGCGAUCACGAUUUGGAUUCAAUCUCGAAGCUCUGGAGCAUGAUGGUGUCUAGGCCGGCGGAUUCAAGCUUGUCUCACAAGAACGCCUUGGAGCGCUGCGUCGAGCACGCCAAGCUAUGGCUAGCUAAUUCCGAUCAGCCGAUCGAAUCAAACUGCAACGUUUCAUAUGCUUCUUUGAGAGAGAAAUUGAAGAAGAUUAUGGGUUUGGAAUAUUUCACUACCACACCGGAGAUGAGAGCUCCGGAUGAAGUGGCGGCUGCAGCUGGUAACUACGCUUCGUUCCAAGACCUUGAAGCUCAAGCUGGGCAAUACCAACAAAAGGAAGAAGAAGCUUCAAACGGCAAAGAACAGGAAUCAGUUGUUAAUGAUCAAUUUGAGCAUCAAAAGGAUGAGUCAGUGACAGAAGGAGAGGUGGUCCAUGGACAACAGGAACAAGGCUAUACUCAAGUGAAAUCAGAGAAUGCUAAGAGAGACUACGAGCAACAGUAUGUGCCGCGUGGAUCCUCCCAGAACCAGAGAGGUCGUCGAGGUUCUCGAAGAGGCUACUCUAAUGCCCGGGGAGGUCGAGGUGGUGGCGGCGGUGGCUACUCGAAUGGUCGGUAUGAGUCUUAUGACCAGUCUGGUGGAAACGGUUACCCAAGGAGCUACUACAACAACAGAGGAAGGGGACGUGGUAAUGGUGGUGGAGGAAAUGGCCAUUCAUACAACAACCACCAAGACUCCAAUGUUGCUGUCGCGUCUUAA